AUGACAAUUCAGAGUGUAAAGUAUCGUCCAGGAAGAUAUCAAGCUCUUACAGCAGAGCAAGAAAUUGUUCUUAAACAAACUUGGGCUUAUAUUUUGAAGUAUCUUGGUUAUGAAAUCAACAUUGAUGAUGAAGAUCUCAAAUAUAAAGAAUGCUUUAUAGCCAGUACAAGCACAGAAAUUCGUGAUGUAUCACAACUUGCUCCAUUACCUUUAACUAGUGUAAUGACUAAAGUUUCCCAAAAUUCAAAGGUAUCAACAAAGAAGAGAGGUGGUUUAUUUAGGGGGAAAAAGCAGGUUGAGGUAACUUCUGUUGAUUCACCAUCUCCAGAUUCAAGAAGAAUGAGACAAAUUCAAACGCAAUCUUCUCAAGAAAGAUAUUAUCCUGUCGCAACUCCAAGUCAACAAUUUUAUGAUCUUUAUGGACAUCAUUAUAAAUGCUCUUAUGAGUAUGCUGACGAUUAUGUCGAAGAUUCUGAUUAUUACAACGACAACGAUACUGCUUCCCAAUAUUCAGUUGAUUCUUUUGUUACUGCCUCCACUAGCUUCGAUGACAUUAAUUUCCGUCCAGCCCUCAGUAGUGGAUCUCUGAGGACUAAAGUUCCAUCUACCAACGAUUACAGAUCUACCGCCGGCAAGCAUAAAUCCAUACACCAUAAUCCAAACCUUUUAUCAUUCUUUGCUGACUAUAAUCCUCAUGAUAUUCAACGUGCUAUGGUUCAAGCUGCUAGGAAUGAUUUACUUGAUAACUUAAUAUUAAGGUUCGUUAGAGCCAGAAAAUGGGAUACUGAAAAGGCGCUUCAGAUGCUUUUUAGGUCUCUCGAUUGGAGAGUCAAUGAUAUGCCAGCUGAUAAAUGGGUAUAUGAAGCGGAUGGACCAUCUUAUUUACAAGGCAUCAAUCAGGGAUUCAUUAAGAAUUUAACAACCGAAAAGGCUUGGAUUAAAGGAAGGGAUAAAUUUAAUAAUCCAAUUUAUGUCUUUCAGGCAAAGAAACACUUUGCAUCUGAUUCCACAGUUGAACAAGGGAAAAGAUUUGUCAUACUAACUAUUGAAACUAUCAGACUUUUCUUGAGGGAUAUUAAUGAAUCUUGUGAUACUGUGACUGUAGUUUUCGAUUUGACUGGAUUCACAUUGAAGAAUGCCGAUUAUGCCAGUAUUAAAUUUCUUGCUGAAUGUUUGGAAGCUCAUUAUCCUGAAACAUUGGGAUUCAUAUUAGUUCAUAAUGCACCAUGGAUUUUCUCAACUGUUUGGAAUAUUAUUAAAGGUUGGAUUGAUCCUUUUGUGGCUGCUAAGAUCAAUUUCACAAAGAAUGCUGCUGAGCUCGGUAAAUUCAUUGAUCCUAAAUUCAUUCCUGAUUAUCUUGGUGGGAAAGAUACAAAAAGAGCGGUGUAUCCAAUUCCGGAUGAAACUGAUGACAGACCUCCAAAACCAAAGGAUGCGACAUAUAACCAAUUAAGACAUAAACGAGAUGAAUUAUUCUUGAGAUUCUUAGAAACGACAAAAAGAUGGGUUGAAUCUACAAGUCCAAUGGUUUCCGAUAUGUAUUAUAAAGAUAAAUUGGACUUGUGUACUCAAUUGAGUUAUAAUUAUCUCGAAAUGGAUCCAUAUGUUAGAAAUAGAGGUAUUUAUGAUAGAGAUGGGACUUUGAAGGUUUCCAAUUGA